AUGACAUCAGCUACUUUGCCCUCAUCUUGGUUUCGGCAGCCUGAGAUCUACGACUUGGAACGCCGAGCCAUAUUCUCCAAGACCUGGCUCAUUGUCUCCCACAAGUCCCAGUUCGCCACAGCUGGCCAGUAUGCCCUCUAUGAAGUCGCAGGAUAUCCAUUCUUUGUCAUCCGGGACCGUGAGGGUAGUAUCAAUGCCUUUCUCAACGUCUGUCGUCAUAGGGCAUUUCCAAUUGUCCACGAAGAGACUGGCAAAGCAUCCAUUCUAUCCUGCAAAUAUCACGGCUGGAGUUACGGAUUGAAAGGAAACCUUGCUAAAGCACCUCGGUUUGACACGGUACCGAAGAGCGAAUUCAACAAAGACGAGUUCUCGCUGUACAAGCUUCACCUGCAUAUAGACCAGCUGGGAUUUGUAUGGGUCAAUCUAGAUGCAUCUGAGAAGCCGAGUCUCAGCUGGGAAGAGCAAUUCAAGGAAAUCGACACCCAAGAGAGAAUUACCGAGGCCUACAACAUGGACGAUUAUGUCUUCGACCAUACUUGGUCUCUUGACGAUUGCAACUUCAACUGGAAGACUCUUGUUGAGAAUUAUAAUGAGUGCUAUCACUGCUCUACGGCACAUCCGGGAAUUGCACCUUUCAUUACAAAGGAGACCCGGUUCGACGUCGAACCCAAGCUUUGCUACAUCCGUCACCUUGCAGAAGACAUUGAAGCCGGCGACAUCAAUGCUAGCCCGACAUUCAUGUUCCCCAAUUCUUCUGUGACUAUGUCUAAGCAUUUCUUCUACAUGAUGUUUAUCGUCCCCACUUCAGCCACGACAUCUCGCAUGCGCUACGAAGUCUACCGCAACAAGAACUCCUCUGAAGAAGAAUUCACGAAAGAGAUCGACUUUUUCAAGCAGGUCGAGAACGAGGACAAGUAUCUUGGAACCAACGCUCAGAAGGGUCUUAACAGCGAUACAUACAAUGCCGGGCCACUCCAUCCAUACAUGGAGCAUGCUGUCAAGUAUUUUGAAUCUCUUGUCAGAUCGACCUUGAAGAGUCACGUUGAAGAAGAAAAGUCUCUGGGCAAGGAGAUAUGGCCGGCGAGGAGAAAGCUGUCAAAUGCACAGUUGGACGAGGACGAGGCGUUUUGCAGGGGUGUAUGCGAGUCAGCGAAGGCAACCAGCGGAAAUGGUGCUUUGGCAUGGUAG